AUGACACGACGACGACAAGAGCAAAACGAACGUCAGCGUAUUGCUGGUACUAAACCAUUGGGUGAACAACCGACCAUCAAUGAUUGGGAUGACAAUGACAAUGUAGAACGCGAAGCGAUCGCUUUGAUGAGACAUGUUGGUCUCGGCCCUAGUUUGGAGCAACCAUUAGACGAAGUUCGCACCAUAGCCACACAUCCCAUAACGGAGGAGAUGAAAAUAAAUAGAAAUGGUCGCAAACACAUGCCAGUAUUUUUUGAUGAGAAAUUUUUUGAAUUGAAACCGCGUGUUUCCCGAUCGUCGUCAUCUUCUGGCAACAAUAGUCCUGUAAUUGAAGAUGCUACGACUAAUCUUAAUGAUUCCUGCGCGUCACAGAAGACCAGCAGCAAUGCCACAUCAAGUGAAUUAACGCAUGAUCUAUCUUCUGAUAUUCUUAAUAGUGGAUUUGAGAGUGCAAUAGAUAUUGUCGGUGAUGAGGAGAGUUUUGAGACUGCACGAGGAAGUGAUAAAGGAUACAAACCGCAAAAUUGGAGAGGAGAUGAUGUAGAAAAAAAUACACAAAAUUGGCGCAGCAACGACACAUUUAUUAAGAGUCAAUCAUGGAGGAGUACGAAAACAACAUACGCAAAUAGAAAUGUAAUUAAUAGAGAAAGUCAGAAUAAUGUAUGUAAUUGGCGUUCAAUUCAAAAGAAGUCACCUUUAUUAUGUUCACCCAAAGAAUUGUAUGAAAAGAAACGUCAAAUGAUUUAGAAACCACAGAAAACACAAAACUCAGCAUAAAUAUAAUUUUAUAAGUGGUGAAAAAUUAAAAACAAAUCGGAUUCUAACGAAAUUUGAUUGCUUACCUGUACAAAAAUUAAUUUUUAAUUGGCAAUUGUCGAAAAAAUACAUAAUAUAACUGUAGAUGUUAAAUAAAUUAACAGUACUUCAAAUUUUUAUAGUAAAAAUUACACAAAGAAAUAUCUUGGAGUGAACGUCUGUAAUAUAAAAUCUAACUGCCAAAAGUCGUAGACGUCAUUUAUAAGAAACUUACUACUGCUUGCGGGUUAAGUGUUAGAUAAUCAUAUACAUAAAUAUAAAAGAACUAACUUCUUGAAAAGGGAACAAAAAAAAUGUAAAAUUUAACUUUAUAUGAAGUGAAGAUAAUACAUAAUUGAUUGAAGAGUUAAAGGGGUAUUCUACUCUAGAAAUCAAAUUUUGGUCAGUUUUUUGAAUUUUAUUUAAAAACAAAAAAACAAAAAUAUUUUUACUACCCAUUUUUUUAUGGCGUUUUUAUUGAUAUCUUAAGAAUACAGAAAAAAAAAAUUUACAAAAAAAUAUUAAAAAUUAAAAUAAUUAGAGGGCGCAUUCUGGUGACAUUGAUCCUGACUCUCCUGGUGGACUGAAAAAAAAUCAAAAGAAAUUCUUAAUCAGUAAGGAUGCUGUUAUAGUCCCUAUGAAAAGUGGCGACUGCCUGAAAAUAAAAAUAAUUUUUUACGCUUUUUUUU